UUGAAAGUACAACAUUUUAUUUACGAAUGAGUCGACUCUACAAGCCGACUUGAUUAAAAAAUAUUGGUUACAAUUAACAAUGAUCACGUAUUAUGUAUCAUUUACCCUGUGAGACCAUGCAUAUAUAUAUUUUAAAAAAUACAUAAUUUAAUAUAUGUUUCGCACGUAUCAAUGACAAGUGAUAAAUGAGAGUUUGUCAUUUUAUCACUGGCAAUCGCUGGAAAACACGCGUCUAUUGAAGAUUUAUUGAAGACCCAGUAGUAGCCGCGAGGUGCUGCCGCCUGACGGGGAUAUUACAGCUCCAGUACUACGUGACAGCGGGUUUCGUGUGGGAGAAGUGGGGGAGCGGCGCGAGGAAGAAAAUGGCCGACGGGGCUACGGUAAAAGGGCAGGGACGUCGUGCGAGGUGCGCGCUGCGCGACACGGGAUUGCCAGUUUCGCGAUAGACCGCGCGAAAAAGGGCCGUCGGACAUCCGUCGGGGAAGGCCUGUCGCCGUCACCCCGCGGUCGCGCGUCCCUCCGGGACAUCGCACGGACAGGACUGGAGCCCGUCAUAGCCGCCGUUCGUCGCCGCUGCCGCUAUCACACCGCGGGUGCUUCGAUUCGCAGUCAUUUUAAAAAGAGCAUUGUUCGCGGGCCGAGUGAAGGGCCGACGGAAGGGCUCGCCGAGAGAUAAAUCCAGCUUGCGCGAGCCGUAUCGCAAUUAUUAAAACCGACAAUGGCAGUUAGGUAGUUGUGGAAAUUAACGUUGGACACUCGUAAACUUCAAGUAUAUUUUUAUCCAUUUGAAGAUGUAAAGAAAACACAAUCAUAAUGAAGCCACAGAAGAAGGCUGUUGUUGCCAGAAAGGCAACUAAAAUGCCGACAGUCGCCAAGAAACGUCGCACAUUUAUAGAGAAGAUUAUGCCCGAUGUGAAAAAGGAGAAGAAAUCAAAGAAAAAUGACAAACUGGAAGAUUCAAAGAAAAAGAUAGACAACGAUAAGAAAAAAUUAGAGAAAGAAGAGAAGAAAAAAUUUGACGAUAAAAAGAAAAUGGAGGAAAAAAAGAAAGAGCGAUCUGACAAAACAGAUGAAAAGAAGAAGCAAUUAAGCAAGGAUCAUGACAAAAAAUCUGAUAAAAUCGAUGAGAGAAAGGCAGAUAAAGCAGACGAUAAGGCAAAUAUCGAAGAAAUGAAUCAAGAAAGCGGGGACAAGAAAAAAUUACAAAAAUAUGAAGAAAAGGCAAAACUAGAUAAGCAAUCUGUUGAUAACAAGAAAAAAAUUGAGAAAGAAGAAAAGAAGAAAAAUGUAAAAUUGGACGACAUUGCAAGCAUGGAAGAUAAUGUCAAAUUUUUAAGUACAAUGGAUGAUAAGGAUGCGCUUGAAGAGAAGAUCAAUAACCUCUCUCCACUUAUUAAAAAAAGAAGCAAAGAUGAGAAAAAGAAAGAUGUCAAGUUAUUAAAAUCUGAUGUCAAGUCAGUGCAGAGGAAUUCUACCGUAAAGGAUAAAAAAUCGGACCGUAAGAAAAUUUCUGAGAAAGAUCCGGCAAGCAAUAAAAUUUCUUCCGCUAAAACAAAAAAAGAAUCUAAAGCAAAGCAAGGUCAGAAGAAGAGUAUCGCGAGAAAAACAGUUUUAACGAAGAAACCUCAUUUAUCGGUGGUUAAAAGAUUGGUAGACAAGAAGAUUAGUUUAAUCAAGCCAAUAAAGGACGAAGAAAUCAGCGAGGAUGAGAACGCAGUCAAGAAAGCAAAGAAGAAGAGUAGCGGCAUUGCCAAGAGUAAAGUCCUGCAGGAGAAGAAACCGAAGCUGGCCAAACACAUGAAAGCCAAGUUGCCUCAGAAACACUCGAAGAUUGGUGCUGUUCUAAAAAGAGAAGAUAAGCUGAAAACUAUAACGGAGAAAAUUAUGGCGAAGAAGAAAAUUGAAUUGAAGGUGCCUGAGGAAGUUCUAGCUGAACAUAAAAAGAUCGGGAACAGAGACGAAGUCUGUCAAGAGCCACAAUUGAGUAACAUCAAGAGCGAAAUCGAAGAGGACAAAGAUACGGACAAGAGCAAAGAGGAGAGCCCUCAUCCGAAAUUUCAGGAUAGUAAAAAAACUGUGAAAAGCGGCAAUAAAGUCAGUAGCAAGAUUCCGAAGAAGACCGGGAAAAUGGUAAAGGUACAAAUGGAGAGCAAUAAUCAAACGUCAGCUUCAUUUGAGGAUGUAUCCUCCGAGGAAACGAACAAACAGUCAAAAAUGUCUGAGGAUAGCAUCAAGUCCGCGAAUUCUAAGCAGGAACAGAGCGGCGCCGAGAAUACGCUUGAGUUGAACCUAAAGGUUGAGGCGAUAAAUGGCGAAAGCGCUAGUGGCGUUACAUCUCAAUCUGACUCUGAGGGUGACUCGGACGACGACUACAAGAGAAGCAAGCAAAGGGGCACCAGGAACAAAGAACGGGCGAAUUCACCGUCGGACGAGCGUGCGCGACGAAUGCGACUUUUCGGCUUCUGGAGUGGACCAAAACGACACAGGGUCGCGUCAUUGAAUGCCUUGGCUAAAGUUCACUGCCUCUACGAAAACGAGACCGGCGGAGUCUACCUCGGCGGUUUCUGUAAGCCGAAACCCGAGAAGGAAAAGGAAAAACCGCGGAAAAUGAAGGAGGAGAAAGAGGAGCAGCCGCGUAAGGAGAAGAAGAUUGAGUGCAAGACGGAAGGGAAUGUUUUGAAGAGGAAACUGAGGAAUGUGCCAGGAUUACGUGGCAAACAUUGGGAUAUGUUGGAGAGCUCGUCGUCCUCGUCCUCGUCGGACGAGGAUUGCGAGAAGGAGAAGAACGCUGAACCGAGCAAGAAAAAAAUGACCAAAAGGAGGAGGAGAAACGAGGAAGUAAUGGACCUGAAGGACAUGGUUGUUUGCAAGAGGAUGGCCAGUCUUAAUGCCACUGCCAUUUUGGCUGCUUCCUACUCCGAUGAGAAAAAUCGUUGUGGCAGCAGCAGUGAUUCCUCCUCCAGCAGUGAGUCCAGUGAAGUAGAGAUAAUUAAAAGACGUAGACAAAAUGACUCCGAGGUAGAUAAGAAGAAGCCCCGACAAGGCUCUGAUCCGGAGGAGGUUAUUAAGCCAUCCAAGAAAGUCGUCAUCGUUAACCAGGACACGGACGUCACCAUCACCGGUGUUUACGUCAAUCAAACCCGAUCCACCCAUCAUGAGGGUUUCUGCAGUAUUGCUGGUAUGCAGUACAGAAUCAGCUCCACCAGUCAUACUCAAACUGCAGCUACCGCAGUGGCUACUGAGCUUCACGAUCAGCAAAAAAUAGAACAGCCUUGCAAAUCCUACACGCCGCUGGGUGCACUAUCUUCUAUGCAGCCGCCAGGCAGCCAGGGUACUCAUCCUAAUAUGUCACCUCGCAGGCAUUCAGCAUUCUCAGCCCCUCAUCAACACGGGUAUUAUCAGCCGGCUGGUCCACUGAUACAGCACCCGCCGCCACCACCGCCAACCUUACCUCCCGUAAAGGGUCCACCUCCGGAACCGACGCCCACGCCUCCACAAAAUUCAGAGGGUUCGGACGAUUUGAUCGCCACUUCCACAACUUCCGGAGGCACGAGUAGUACAGGUGGGGGCUUUUAUAGGACGUAUUGCCCGCAGUACUACAGCACUCCGCCGCAGUAUCCGGAUCUGUGUUAUCCCCCGACGUAUUCUCAUCCUCACGCUCAUCCGCCGCAUUACUACAAAUACCCGCCCACUUACAGAAGGCAAUACUAUGGCUAUCAGGAGUCCGGUGGAGGAGGCGGACCGCCUCCGGGUAGCGGGGCCGCCGGAGGUGGCCCUGGAGUCGUUGAUUACCAGCCACCUCCACCACCACCCGGCGAAUAUCUGCCACCUUAUUACGGAGGCUACCCACCGCCUCCUCAUCCGCCGCCGCCGCCACCGAAUCCGGCAUAUCUGCAUUCUCAGGGAAGACCUUUCGUAGACCCCUUUCAGGGUUGUCCAUGCCCGAUGCAAUCGUGUCCAAAAAACGUGGAUACUGGGGCCCUUAUUGGUAAUGGUAAGGGAGCGCCAGUGGUAUCGGGGCCCGGUCUGUCAUUGCCACCCAGUGCUUUGGUAGGUCCGCCCUCGCCGGCGAGGGGGCUAGCCGGGCUAGCACCCCCUCACGGUGCCAAUGCCUGGGAUACGGAUCGCGUCCAAAUCAACACUCAUCGCAACCUAAAUCAGAACCAACCCCCCUCGGUCCCGCCGUCGCACAAUCUAGUCGGUGGGCACAGUCGCCCUCAGAAUCAAGAUUGUAGGAGUAAGGACGAACAAAACUGUACGGAAGAUACAUUGAGGAAGUGCAGUUGUCAGAAUGCAUGCACGUCUACCUGCGAGGUCAAAAUGGAGACCCUAUCGCCCACCGAGAAGCUGUCAGUGGCGGCGAGCUGUCCCGGCAGCAAGUACCACAACUUCAAGCUAGAAAACAACAAUGUCAAAUGUGAGUCCUGCAGCAUGGAGAUCGCCGACGGGAUGCCAUGCGUCGCCAACUGCAACGUUGUCAAGUGUGAGUCGGACUACAAGUGCGACAUCAUGAAGUGCGAGCAGUGCAUGAAGGAAGGCCAAAUAGCGAUAAUGGAGAUGGACAAGGAUUCCGGCAUUGUGUUGGACGACAAGCUCGACGGCGAUCCCGAUGUGAAGGAAGAGCUAGACGUGGUGGUGAUCGACAGUGAUGAGAACUGGAAAAAACCCGAUUAUGAGCCAACUGUGCAGGAGACUGUCGACGACAAAGAGGAGAAGAUCGCGGAGAUGGCGAUCACGACCGAGGCCGUGUUGGAGACCGAAACGGAGGAGCAGCCCAAGUGCCAAAAGGUGACGAAGAGGAAGCUAUCGUUAGACAGCUUAUCGGACAGCAGAAAGAAGAGGAAACUCAGCAAAAGGGCACUGUCGGUCGGCUCGUCCCAAGACCCGAGCAACGAGCAAGUGACGGUCAACAUGAUCGCACCGAUCGAGCCGCUGCCGAACAAGACUAGCGACAGUAUCAGAACCGAGAUGAGCGCGCCGAAAAAGAAGCAGGCGAAGAAGGACGCUCGAGGUCAAAAACGCAAAGCGGAAGCACUGAACGCGAGCGAAAGCGCGACGAAGAAGGCGAAAACCGGCAAACAGAACGCGGGUAAUGGUCUCGGGAAUUGUCUGAAGCGAACUGCCAGCGACACUUCGAUAAUGGAGACCAUUGAUGAUGUGAUACAACAGAGUCUGCAAAUGACACAGAGGAAGGACCGCAAGAGCAAGAAUUGCGAGCGCGUAGAGAAGAAGAAGAGCGUAAAAGAAGAAUUGUUGCCGACGGCGAAGAAGAGCGCGAAGAAGAUUGAUCAGAUCAAGGAGCAAGUCGUCGAAAAGAUGUCGAAGAUAAUUUCGAAGAGCGGUCAGACCAAAGGUAAAGCGGAUGCGAAGCCGAAAUCCAAAGUUUCACAGGAUGGCAAAGCUAAGGGUAAAGGUAAGGCUAAAACCGCGGAUGUCAAGAUACAGGAUGUGAAAUCCCGAGUACAGGAGACAAAGGCGAGGGAUGGUUCGAAGAAACGCGACACCGCGCCUAAGACCAAAGCAGUCGACGUCAGUGAAGAACCGAAGAAAUCGGCUGUAAUUAAAAAGAAACGGAAGAGCACGAAAAAGGCGACGAACGCCAAGAAGCCGGGCUGCAAGCCGGAGAGUUCCUCAGUCGGAAACGAGAGCCUGACGUUAACGAGAAAAACGUUCCUGAAGCCCAAGUGGAACAACGGAUGGAGCUGGGAGGGGGAGCCCUUUGAAGCCAAAGUUUAUUUAACGAAUGAGGCAACAGCCAUACGGCGAUGUUACGCGAGCAUGAGUCACGAGGAUGGCGAUGUGUUGAGACCACGGGACUGCGUGUUACUGAAGAGCAGUACGCGGAAGGGCGAUCUACCAUAUGUAGCUAAGAUCGCCGCGCUCUGGGAGAAUCCUGACGACGGUGAGAUGAUGUUCUCGUUACUGUGGUACUACCGACCUGAACAUACGGAACAGGGUCGGACGCCGCACGACAGCGAGGAUGAGGUAUUUGCUUCGCGCCACCGGGAUGCAAACAGCGUUGCUUGCAUAGAGGAUAAAUGUUAUAUCCUAACGUUUAACGAGUACUGUCGGUACCGUAAAAACUUGCGGAGGAUCGAAGAAGGCUUAGAAAAUCCUGGCUUGAUAGUUCCGCCAGGGGACCAAGUGUAUCCAAGAGAGAAUCAGCAGCCUCCUAUACCAGUAUCAUCAGAAACGGUGCUCUUCUGUCGACGUGUUUACGACUAUCGCGGGAAGAAACUCGUGAAGAAUCCCGGAUGACUCGAAUUCCUGUAAGAUGCAAACCGCGGAAGCUUAAGUCACACUGAACAACACAUUGAAACUGGCCGCAGGUCCCCUUUCAAGCGUAAUCGUGCGUCGUUGUUGAUCGAUUUGUCCUGAUUUCGGUAGGGGGGUAACGAGAUCCGAUCGUUUUUUCCAAAUGAAUCACCGAUUCUGCGUGCAGUCUUCAUUUUUCGCACUACUCACUGCCCGUCUAUUUGCUAGAUGACUAGCUUCUACCUAGAGAAACAUAUUCGGUCCCGUUUUAAAAACGAUCGCGGAAGAGUGACAAAAGUGAACGCACACGCGACUGUGUUUCAACGACAAUCGGAUCUCCUUUUACCUGGAAGUGUAACAGGAUUGUUAGAACAUGGCGUCACACGAAAAAGACUUGCAGAUGAAGAAACGGCAUCUCGUAUAUAUCGCAUGCAUUGUAUAAGGCUACCCCCCCUUAUUGCCGCUUACAUUAAUCCGUCUUUCUAUCUUGCUCGUCCUGCUCGUCCACGGAAAUCAUGAUAAAUCGCUCAUUAAUUCUGGUGAUAGAUGCUGAAUCGGAUAUCGUAGCGGCGGACCGAGCGUGCGGUAGCGCGCCGAGCACCCCAAAGCACCGGAGUGUAUAGAUCAAUUGCAUGUUCCCCGGAUAUUUUUCCAAGAGUGGCAUUAUUAUCCAUGUGUUCCUCUCGCGCCACGCUCGCGUAUCCUCGAUCCUCGGUCUCGCGUCUUCUCGUCCGUCUCUACGAACGGACGCUCAACGUGUCCACGAUUACUAAUGUGUAAUAAGGUGUUUUUAGGCGAAUUAGUGGAAUUUGACAAUUUUAUAGAGAGAACGAUAUUUUUUGCGAAAUAGCGUUUUACACAACACACUUAAAUGCGUAUUUUUCACACGGGUGGUACAAAUGCGCGACGACGUAAUACGGCGCCUUAACUUGAAGGGAACCUACGUACAGUUUCAACGACAUGGAAUCAAAAGCAGGGACGAAAUUGCGAUUAUUUUAGCGGAAAUGAGCGAACAGCGUGACGCAUAUAAAGUGUUCCACUGGACUCCAAUCGGGCGUGAGCGCCUGGUACGAGGAGCGAAAUUGUCAAUGCUCGUGCGACACUAUUACACUUCCAUUUAUCCCAUGGUGUGUUUGCAUCUCUCUCGGGAAGGGAGGAGAACGGACUGCGACUCCUUCCGAAAUUCCCGAACCGCGCACAUGCGUCAUCUUUUCAUAAGCGUGAUUAUUGUACGGUAAAAUGCAUUUUACGAUCAGUGCCGAAAAACGAAAUGUUCCGGAGAUUGGAAGCGGCUUGAUCCUGUUUGAGAAAUUCGAUCGCGUUCGUUGGCGAAGCAAAAGACUUUUCUUUUCCAAUUACCUUUGCAGAUCUGUCAAUGUAACGAGUGUCGCUGCAGAUUGGAGCACCUUGCUGAAAUUAAGGGAUACCGGUAUGAGGGGUAUUUUUGAUACCGGUUUCAAUUGUUGAUUUACGCUAGAUACUCAAAAAUCAAAGCGUUGCGAUGAGAAUAAUCGGGGACCGAGCCGUUUCUACCCAGCACGCCACUCGUCUAUCGCUUUGUAAAAAGACCUUUGUUCGCUCCUUUUAAUUUUUUUUCUAAUAAAAUAAUAAUGCCUCCUUCUAAAGGAGACACGGACAUUUUAUCGUUAUCGCGAUGUCUGCGCGAUGUUAUGUCUCGGACCUGUUACACGAGUCACCGCGAGUUGCUUCUACAUGUAAUUUCGACUUCCUCCUUUUUUAUGAUUAUCCUUUUCAUUUUGAUUCGAUCUCCGAGAUCCGUAAUGAGAGAGAACUGUAGUUGUAUAUUAUCGCUAUAUAUAAUUUAGGUAUAUUUUUGAUUAGGUAUAUAUAUGAUAUAUUUUCGGUUCGUAAAGGAUUCACGCAUAUUAGCAAGUAAUCCGUGCGCGCGGUAGGAUGCCAAAAAUAAGCAGAACAUAUUUGCGAACUACGAGAAGCUUCAUCUUUUUUUCACGCGCAUUAAUAUUAUCGCAUACCAAAAUUAAUCGCAGGAUUAUUGAUAAGUAAUUAAUUUCUAAUGGGAAUUUCCUCUCGAAUUAUGUUGAUUUUGAUUAUUUACAUUUGUUGAGUGUGGCGGGCGCUUUGUUGGAAAUUAAUGAUUAUUUAAAAUUAAUAUAUUCAUGAUAUGAUUAUUAUUUAAUAUCUAAUAUAUUGGAUAUAGGUAUUAAGUUAUUUUGCGAGAGACUAGAGACAAGUAGAAGAGCGCGCGUAUUUGCGACUGUUUGUGUGUACGUGCGAAGGAAAAGAAAUGAAAUAGGAAACAAUGACGAGCACUUGUCACUGACGGGCGAUUAAGUCAGGAAUACGAUCAAGAAAAUGAGAGAUGUAAAACGAUGGAAACAAAUCGCGUUUGCGGCAAGUUUAACUCAUUAACCGUGGGUGACGAGUUAACUCGUCGUUAGAAAAUGCUUCUCCAGCGCGCAUGACGAGUUAACUCGUCAUGGAUAUUUGAGGGCAGCGCGCGUAAGACUUGAUGAAUUUGUUCAUCAAGGUUUUUAUUGGUCGCCACGAUGGCUUGAUAUCUUCAAAUGUUUUUUCACUUGCAUUUGCUUUUUCAUAUCGAAAAAGAAUAACGCUGCGCGCUUUCGGUAAAUGAACUCCCCGGUUAAUGGGUUAAAUUGCGAUACCAAAACAUUGUUCAGACGUGCAAAAAUUUUCUUUGCGUUGCGAUUCGAUGUCUCUCACGUUUGACGUAUCUCAUAAUGUAUCCGGGUAACACUUGAAAAUAUGCGCUUGACAUGUAUUUGAUAAGCAGGUCGACUUAGUUUUACAUAAAAUACCGUACGUGUGUAUUUCAACGGACGCCGUUCGAAAUCGAGAACAUACCGAAGAAACACCGCCGAAUCAUCACGCACUUUUUCCUCCGUGUUCACCGGAACUAAAUAAGAAAGGAAACAGAAGGAAGGAGAGUCAGGCGUUGCGUCGAUGCGUGUGCACCAUGAAAAAUCCAAAGAAAAAGAAAAAACGCCGAGGCUCCGCGAGGGGCGCGAAUUAGGAUACUCAUCAGUAAUCCACCGGAUUCUUGCGUAAUCUUUUUAUAGAUAGUUUUAUAUUCCUUUUUUAACGCGCGAAGGGGAAGUAUAGGAAAGGUGUACGAUGGCGCAGCAGACACAGUCUUUUUUAUAGUCAAAAGCAGAGCGGAAACGAUAUAGAGAGACAAACCGACAACGGGAGAACGGUAACACGCAGACGAAUCGCUCGCCGGAGGGAUAUUGAACGAAGAAGAGAAAGAAAUUCGUACGCGACGAGGCGUGCUUAUUGCAGAUCGUCGAGAAUCAAGAUGUGAAACGGACGGACCGCGCGCUCUUGUAAAUACUGUGUAUUCGCGUAAUAUCGUAAUAAUAAUACCUAAGAGAAUUAAAAUGCGGAAAGGGAAGACGUUGGCAGAAGAAAGCGCGGCUUUCCUCAGCGGGCCGCGCGGUACGGGCGCGUGAGAUUUUUCAGGAACUUACCUAUCUAACGACGGUUAACAUGGGAACAUUGCACACAAUGCAUAUCCUCUGUUCAUUUUGCGUAGCUGGCGGAUCUUUCUCCAUCGCGAGAGCGAACAGAACAGCGGCAGCGAUCACGGUCGUUCAUAAGAGCACGGUAUGGGCAUGCGAGACUCGUGGCCUCCACCUCCCGGCUGCCCUGUUCCGCUCCCUGUCUCCUUCAUCCUAUGAUUCUUCUCCGCCUUCCCUCCCCACCCCUCCCUCUCCUCCGCCACACCUCCGCUGCAUUCGCAUUUAAUCAAAAUGCAACAAGUGUCGGCCGCGCACGCUCGUCGAGAUCGGGUGCGUCGUCGUGAAAUCGCUCGCUCGCGAGACACCUGAGAUGUCGCUUAUCAAAACGGACGAGCGAACGAGCGAGCGUCGACAAACGCAAGCGGUUUGACACAGCGGCUUGAAUCAUUUUGUAUUCGUUAAUUCGUUAUUGAAUUUAAUAAAACGUUAAUGGGAUCAUGUAUCAUGUAGGAAAAUAAACGAGAAUACUGCGAAAGUCCGGCAGGCUCACUGAUUGCCUGUACGCGAGCUUAUUUGACAGCGCUGUAUCGAUCCGCGACGCUUCUAGCGAUUAUUGUAAAAGAAGAGAACGGAAUUAGGUCACGCCGUUAUACUUCGUAGCGUAGGAUCAGUCGCGAUCGUUGUGCCCGAUCUCGAGAGAACGCCAUCGCCGUUUCCGAACGAUCAACCCGAUCAACUCCCAUCGCGUGGCGUUACGCGAUUUGCCGUGCGGAUGCACGAUCCCUUCUGGUUCGUUUGCCGAGACGAGACAGCCGAGAUACGACGCGCGAUUGUACUCGUAGGUAGUGCCUCGUUCUCGUAGCUGCGAGACUUGUACGACCUCCUACACGCUGCAUGUUUCGUUUUGCAUUAGACAGACACACAUACGUGUUUGAUACAUCGCAGUUUAUUGCGAAAUUGUCGACGACUUUUGUUUGGGAGAACGUGAAUUCUGGGAUCAUUGAUACAUCAUUUUUAUAUAUAUUUGUGGAUAAAUUUAAAAUAACUGUUGAACAAUAGCGUUUAUCCCGUUUUGUUCACGUUUUUUACACAAAGGAGCUCAUUUUAUACAUGGCAUUACGAUUUUUCUUUGUAUCGCUACGGAACCGUAUUAAUUAUUUACCUGUACCGUCUCUUAUAUCGAUGUUUCUAAUUGUAGAUUUCUAAUUUGUAUCUUUUUUUCCUAUAAAGUAUUUCGUAAUACUUUGAGAUACCAAAUAAAGUUUCAAUGUACUUGCAAAAAGACUAAAUAUAAAUCGCAUUAUAUUUUGAUGUCGUUGCGUAAUUUAACUACUUGGCUUGAAACAACGUAAAGCCGAACACAAGCCAAGCUUGUACUCAGACGCUCGUAACGUAUAUAUUAGUUUAAUAUAAACUGUUGCAAAAAAUAAAUGAAUUAAUGUUCCACGCUUCAUCUAAUAGAAUUUUAAAAAAUCGUAUUCUUAACAUGUUCCCUGCCACGUGCAUCAUUUUCGGUAUGUACUGAAACUCAUUUUCAGGCCAAGUGAUAUUUUUAUUAUUGGUAAAUAAAGUGCAAGAAAAUAAUUGUUGAUGUCACUAUUACAUGCACUAUGAUGUAUCUGUUAAGUUGCAUCAAGUUUCACUAUUUACUCCACUAAAAGUAAAUUUUCAGCUCACAAAAAGCGGAAAAAUAAACAAUUUUUAUAUACUUUUCAAAUUCUAAUACUAAAAACGGUAUACGUUGUACCGGUACAUAGAAUUUGAUAAAUAUGUUAAUUUUAUAAAUAUAUUUGAUAAAUGUAUGGUACACAUGGUCUGAAAAUGACAACUACUCAAAAACGGUUUGGCAGAGAACGUGUUAAAUAAGCAUAAUAAUUCACAUACAGCCAUCGAUCAAGUAGCAAGCCAAGUGAGCAAAUUAAAGUAAAGGAGUUAUGUCUGAAUAUCUUUCCUUAAAUAUAUUGUCUACAUGCAGUUUUUAUUUUUUUUUAUUUAAAAGAAACGGCGCCGAGAGAUGUCAAAUUUCCAAUGCUAGACAAUUGACAAAACAGAUGAAUUUUUUAUUAUGAUAGGAUGUAUCGUUAUUUACAUUCAUCUUUUAAAUAAUUGUACUAAUUGUAUUUUUUCAAAUAAUUGUACUUACAUUGCAUCUUUGCGGAUCAACCGUCAUGUUGAAUGUAUCGUGCGGAAAGAUGCACAAUGCUCGCAAAAGCGGUUCGCGUCUCCGAGGAAGCGAGGCAUGCCUAGAGAUCCGACAUUUGUAAUUUUAAAUCAUCGCAGUGCAUCCUGAGCCGAAAAAAAACUGUUGACAGAAAUAAACAAGUCUAAUUUA